CCCGAUUGAUUCGGGAGUGGGAGUGUGCAGAGGAAACUAGAAGCUCGCCCGGCUCUGCUACCAAAAGCAGACAAAGAAGAUGGAUGCCCAGGAUCUGAGGGUAGACAGCAUUGCCACGACACUAUUGAAGGAGGAAGAAGGACGUCCUCGGACUGAGCCUGUCGAGGAAACAGAAGAUGUGGUGAUAAUGGAGGAGCAGCAGGAAAAGAAGAUCAAGCUUGGUAUCAACAUCAAUGCCGAGCUUCGGUCAAGAAUCAUUCAGGUACUCAGGGAGAACUUCGUGGUGUUCGCAUGGAGUGUCGAGGACAUGCCCGGAGUCAGUAAGUCUCUAAUCACCCACCGCCUCGCGGCGGUGGGAGGGGAGGCGGAACCCAAUACUCUCUUGAGUGAUGUCAUCAGCAUGUCCUCCACUGCCACAUUCAAGACAUGCGAUGACCAGUUCCAGGACUAACUUGUAAUCAUUCUUCAAAUCUGAUUUCUUCACUGGGCCGAGGGGAUUUGCCCAGAAAUCCCAAUAGUCUUCCAAUCCAGAUUCUUGGCCGGAAGUCUCCCAAUUUCACUUCCAGUAUUGGGAAGAUGAAGCUUCUUCUGCAAUUUCUUCUGUGAAAUUUUCACUUUGGCCCCUCCAACAGUGGACUUGAUAAUUUGAAUCGUCCUCUGUGGAUUCUUCUUCGAUUGGACAGUCUUGACCUUUCCGUU